CGGCUCGGAGUCAUCUUCCUCGGACUGAGUUAGCCAAACACAUCAUACCUAACACUUUGAAUCGUCCUCGACAUCCAGUCAAUUUCCCCUUAGGCACGCUAGGCCACCAGAUAUCAUUGCAGAUCCCUCGCGUGAGAGUCUGCCGCCAGUCAGACCAUCGUCACCUUUGUCCUCACACGGCUCCCCGGCGACGUGAACAGUCUGGCGCGCCAACCGUACAUCCAAUCGACGACGGAAAUGCUUAGAAGUCCCGGUCACAUCAAUCGCCGAAAAUAUGCAGCUCGAAGACUGGCUCGAUGAUCUUUGUGUCCGAUUCAUUAUCAAUUUACCGCCCGAGGAGCUGACCUCCGUCGAACGAAUAUGCUUCCAAGUGGAGGAGGCACAAUGGUUCUACGAAGAUUUUAUACGCCCACUUGAUCCUUCCUUACCCUCGCUGACCCUUCGUACCUUCAGCCUCCGCAUUUUCCAGCACUGUCCCCUCUUCUCGCAAUGGUCUGCGCAGCAUCACACCACGGCUUUUGCCGAAUUUAUGGCCUACAAGUCACGUGUACCGGUCCGCGGUGCAAUUAUGCUAAAUGAAGCCAUGGAUGAAGUGGUCCUGGUCAAGGGUUGGAAGAAAAGUGCUAAUUGGAGUUUCCCUCGGGGCAAAAUCAACAAAGACGAAAACGAUCUGGAUUGUGCUGUUCGAGAAGUCUAUGAGGAGACUGGUUUUGACAUCCGCGCAGCUGGUCUUGUCAAGGAUGAGAAGGAUAUGAAGUACAUCGAGGUCACCAUGCGUGAACAGCAUAUGCGUCUUUAUGUCUUCCGAGGUGUGCCAAGGGACACAGUUUUUGAGCCAAAAACACGAAAAGAAAUCAGCAAGAUUGAAUGGUAUAAGCUCACUGAUCUGCCAACCCUCAAGAAGAGCCGUCAGCAAGAUGGGAGCGGGACGGAUCAGCCUCCUCUCGCCGCCAACAAAUUCUACAUGGUGGCCCCAUUCCUGAACCCUCUGAAGAAGUGGAUCACCCAACAACGCAAGAAAGAGAACCGAUAUAGCUCCCAUCUUUCUGCGCCGCCUAUGGUGCCAGAGGAAACAUACGCAUCGGACAACUAUGAUGCAGGUAACCAGGGCGCACUUUUGGCCAAUCAAGGGACUGGCGCGGUCAGCGAGUUGCCCGAAGUUACUAUUCCUUUGGGCCCAGAUCCAUCAGCACAUCUGAAGGAGAUGCUCAACAUUGGCAGACUUGGAGCUUCACAACCAGACGCACUUCCUCAACCCAGCCAUCUACAACGCGUCGAUACAGCCAAAUCCAACGACCUGUUAGCUCUGUUGCGAGGGCCGCCAGCCAGCUCGAGGCCCGAGAUCCCUCAGACGCCAUUUGAGCAAGUGUCUCUAGAGGCGCAAGCUCAAAGAUCACCUCACGUCUCCCAUAUCCGUACCGAGGUUCUUGAUCACAGCCAACCGCCCCCAAUGUUCCAACUCCCGAUCUACCAGGAUCGCACUAUACAGGCCGUUCAACCGAGAGCACCUUACCAGCAGACAGGCGACCCUCAAUUUGCCCGACUAGAGUCUUCUCAACAAGAAAGACGAAUGAUCCCUGACGCAAGUGCUCUUCCAAAAUUGACAAGUCAUACCAAAGCUUUGCUAGAUGUAUUCAAAGGAGCCAACAAGCCUCCUCCGCCGCCACUGGCGGCUUCGAAACAAUCACUUUUGAACAGCUUCUUUGGAUCUACUUCAAAUGCCCAACCGCCACAAUCGUCUCAGUACCAGCCAACUAAGACCCCCGAUCAUGACUCUCCAAAUUCAGCAACACUGCAGCAGUCGAGAGAGGGGCAGCCAGCUCCUUUCGCUGCUGAAGAGACUCGCGCCAGACAACCCUCUAAUGAUUAUGGCAGCCGCCAAUUGCCUCUUAGCAACAUGGAGGUUAAGAAACCUGAAAACGCCUUGAAAGCAUCACUUCUUGACCUCUUUCAACCGGCGAGUAACUCGAAGGCCAUGCAGACAUCAUCCAAUAUUCUUCCUGCGGCGGUUGAACUAGCUGCGACAACUUCGGAAGGGGGCAAACGGAAAGAUGACCUUCUGUUGACUUUGCUAAAGCAUGGGAAGAGCGGCGCGCCGGGAGCGGCCGCAAUCCAGCGGCCCUCGCCUCGCGAAGGAGAAACCGCAGCUACUAUUAGCGGGCCACUGAACCAACCAGAAUUUGAUAUCAUUUCUCGUUCAGCAAGGCACGGAUCGCAGGAGUUGGGACGCAAUCCACUGACCUCGAAUCGGACGCUAUUCGACCCAAGUCAGCCUACACCCAUCAAGAUCUUGACCAGGAGUGAGGAAUCCCGGCAGUCGGCACCUCAUUCCACACGAACAUCAAAGCUGCCCUCAAAGCGGAUGCCGAGGGAGAAGUCGGUGCCGAAAGAAACAAGCAAACCAUUUCAACCACAAAUCCUUCGACGACCACAGACUACCGAGACGUCGCCCGAGGUACAAGCACGGGUGGCAGGAGAAGAAGUGGUGUCUUCAGGACAGAUAAGCAAGGUGGCAUCCACGGAGAGUUUGACCGUUGGUGGCCGAACUUUGGCGACAGGUGAUCAGAAACAAACUCUUCUGUCUCUCUUUGGCAGCACUGCAGAGGAGACGCCUAGAGCUGCGGCGCAACAUCAAGGCUACGGAGUUGUGUCGCCAUUGUCGGUCAGUCAGCUGGUCAGCCCCGGCGCAGAGAUGUCAUUAUCAGGAAUUGGACCCGUCUCCACACGGACGUCUCGAGUUGGUAGUAUGGCCUCGAUGACGAGUGGACCGGGUACUGGUCGCAAUGGAAAUGAGAAACGACAGACAGGCGCGGAGAACAAGGCAUUCUUGCUGGGAUAUCUGGGCCGCAUUGCAAGUCAAGAUAGCUAAUUGAGAACCUCGGUCUCUGCAGAUGGCCGCCUGGGUUGCCAUAUACUACGAGAGGAUACAAGGAUCUGCGUGACGAGCUUGUCAACGAUAACGACAAGCAUCUUGGAAGAAUGAUCUUAUGCAAUGUGACAGAGAUGGGAAAGGGUACCCUCAAUGCUAUCACUGCCGAAGCUUGAAACCUUUAUGUCUCGUUCUGGAUAAGAAGGUGUGGAUGUUGACCAGCCUCGCCAAAUGUUAUGAAUCUUUUCCAUGGCGCCUGUGGUACAGUGGUUUCUUGGGAGGUGAUAUCUAGGUAUACGAGCACAGUAGUGUGCCACCUAGACAAGGUCCCUCGGGGCAAUUGCACCCGCACCAACGGUGAUAGCAGUCUGUCACUACUUUCUGUUGGUUCAAUACCAUCUCGCCAUAGGUAGCAAGUAAUCAAGCAUCAACCCGGACGGUCCGUGCAUGAAGAGGGGAACUGGAGCAGGGUAGUAGGAUACGAAGUUACUUAUUCUGAGUACGGAGUACGCGUAUGCGUACAGCAGGCUAGACU